AUGGCUCAGAACAGUGCAUCCCUUAUCCUGUUUGCAUGCCUGAUGUUCCUGUCAUGCAGCCAAGGCCAGGAGGCUGCAGAAGACUUGCUUUUGGCCGAACAAGACUUCCCUUCUUCCAAAAUCACCUGUCCAGAAGGUGCCAAUUCCUAUGGUUCCUACUGCUACUACUUUGUUGAAGAUCGUUUGACCUGGGGGGAGGCAGAUCUCUUUUGCCAGAACAUGAAUUCAGGUCACCUGGUGUCACUGCUCAGCCAGAUUGAGAGCAACUUUGUGGCCUCUCUGGUUAAGGAGAGUGGUACUACAAUUUCCAAUGUCUGGAUUGGACUUCAUGAUCCCAACAAUAACCGUCGUUGGCACUGGAGCAGUGGAUCUCUGUUUCGGUUCAAAUCAUGGGCCACUGGAGCUCCAAGCACUUCCAAUCGUGGUUUUUGUGUGUCACUGACUUCAAACACAGCAUACAAGAGAUGGAAGGAUGAAAACUGUGAUGCUCAGUACUCCUUUGUCUGCAAGUUCAAAGCUUAA